GAAUCCGACAUGCACUUAUCAACAUGUUUGAAGAGUCCGAGCAACAUAGGCGAACUCCACAUAUCCAAUUCUUAAACAAAAAUGUACAAAUUUACGCUUCGAUUUUUGACUAGAUGGAGUUGCAAAAGGGGAAAAAAUGAGAUUUUUUCUUAACCAUCGAAUAAUAUUAGACCAAACGUUUAACGAAGAUCUAGUAAGUUGCUCGAUUUCAGAUAGUACGAAGAACAAAUAUGAUCCUUUUCCGUUUUUAUUUGUUGGUAGCUUAGCAGGAGCUGCAUUAUUGGCACCAGUGAUCAACUUCUGGUGGCCUGGAUUUCCAGCAAACUUGACUAAACAAGCGUUCGAUGAGCAAUUACUUAGAGAUCGAUGGGCUUAUCGCGUUAUACACUAUGUCCCGUGGCUUGUAUAUUGGUGGAAUACUCAACAUUGGUUUCCUGGAUUUAGUGUUGUAACUGGUGAAUUCAAAUUGUCUCAACAAGAUAUACAAAUUUCCUCUUCACUUAAUGAGAUGCAACUUCAAGAGGCAUAUGUUAUACAACAAGGGGAGUUUGAGUCACUCCAUAGAGACUUAAUUAUUAGUUUGGGUAAAGUCGAAUUCGAUCCUAUGGAUUUGAAGAAUCCAUUCCCUAACAAUGAAGGCUCAGUACAUAUAUGGCAUGGUGUUGAAGAUGGCAUUGUGUCUGUUGAACUACAACGAUUCAUCGCGCGAAAUCUUCCAUGGAUACAUUAUCAUGAGCUACAAGAUGCUGGACAUAUAUUUCCUUAUGGUGAUGAUAGUGUUAAAGAUGCUCUAUGGAAGUCCCUUUUAUUGGGUCUUUCAAAGCCUUAGCUUUCAAUUUGGAUGUUCCUGUGGUUCGAUCCUUCCCCAGACCCCGCGUAUAGCAAGAACUUUACUGCAUCGUGUUGCCGUCAAAAAGAUUAAAAUAGAUUAUGAGAGGGUGUAGCAUUGCCUAAAUGUUCUUGUUUAGCAUGAGAAAGUGAAGUUAUCUCAUGUGUUGUUCAAUUUGAAUAAAGAUGAAAGAGUUUUCUUUUUUUGGGGUUUUCCACCUGGUGUUCGGUAUCCACAUUGGAGCCCCGACUAAUUUAAAUCGCGUACUGCAAGGCUCAUUCUGGAGGUGGUGCUCCCAACAAGAUUUUCUUCAUACUCAGAGCUUGAACCUGAGACCUUUGGUUAAGGGUGGAGUAAUUCCACCACUACACCACAACCCAUUGUCGAUUAAAGAGUUUAAGUACAAUAUACUGUCAGUAUAAAUAAUUUUUAUAUUAUCGAGUCAUUUUCAUUUGUUAUAGAUGGACGGAGGGAGUACCUUUUUGGCUGGAAAAAUUUACU